AAUUUUGAAACUGAAGUUCUGAAUGAACUCUUGCACAGCAGAAUUAAACCUUACAGUGAACAUAAUUGAACAUCGUCAGACCUAAAGAACUUCUGUAUUCAUUGUAUUAAGAGCUCAUUCAGAAAUUUCAGGGGAGAAAAAAGUAUUGGACUGUUAUAUGUUUUUGUUGUUGUUGUUGUUGUUGUUGUCCAGCACUCAAACCCCAGCCUAAAACCAAUAGAUCUGCAUUCUAAAACUGUAAAUAUGACUAUCUGGCAACCCACACCAACAUACAAUUCUCUGUUGCGGUGGAUUUUGAUCUCAAACUGGCCACUCAGACUAAACACAAUACAACCUUGCCAAUCUAGAUCAAACAACGAGGAUCCGUUAGAGUGAUCCACCCUGGCAACCGUGAUCAGAUUCAAUCUGAUCAAUCUGAGCCAAUCACAAAACCAAAGUCAAUCUGAUCAGCCUUAAAGAAUCACAAAGCGAAAUUCAAUCUGAUCAGUCUAAUGUUUCGAACCCAAACAUUACAUACAUAACUUGCCUGAUGUGCAACACUGGCAACCCGCUCUAAACUCAUUAUGUUGGGGUUUAAUAAAAUAAAAAAAAAUGUAAAAAAAACUCAACACAACCAAUCUGGCAACCCGAGCAAACGCGCUGAUAUAAACGCCGGCGCUCCGGCGCGCGCGAGACGCGGAGGAACAGAACCGGAGAAACAGGCGGAUCAAACCUUAACUUCAAUUAGACUUGGACCAAAAAAAAAAAAAACAACAACAACAAAAACUGAACUACUUCACGCCUCUCUCUCCAUCUCUCCAUCCCUCCAUCUCUCCAUCUCUCUGAGUGAGAUUUAACCCACCACAGGCGCCUUUCUGCAACACCGGGGCAUUUCUACCUAAUGCACGUUCUAGUUUUUUCUCUCUGGAGGACUGAGAAACAACACUGGACUUUUCAUCCAGAACCUUUUUUUUUUUUUUUUUUUGGUGACAUAUAAUUUCCUAACAGUGGGUACAUUUUCAAUAUUUAUAUAUUUUGAAGAAAAACAACAACAACAACAACAAAGUCUUAAGUAUAAUGUGGAUUGGAAAUCUCUACUCAUUUAUACUGCAAUUUAUUUAUGCAGAUUUAGGCUUUAAUUGAUAUUGAUUGUUCAUAUAGAGAUUUUAUACUUCAAGUCUUAUAACGUUAUAUAUAUAGAUAUAUAUGUGUGUGUGUGUGUGUGUGCGUGUGUGCAAGACCAUUUGAAUAUAUCCAAAUUUAUUAGAUGCAACUGUAUAGUUAUGAAAUACUGAAAGUCAUCAGAUGAUGAGAACUGACAGAAUGCUUUGUGAAAGGUGGCAGGCAGUACAAUUCUCUCUAGUCAUUACUGAGAUUUUCUGAGUAUGUGGCCUCAGAGAGGCAAUAUUAUGAACAUGUUUUUAAUGAUAUUUUGUUCAAUAUUAUAGGCUACUCUAAUAGAAAUAUCCCAUAAUCAUGCCUGUUUUUAUAAGCGACACAACAGCAGGCGAGUCUAAAGUAUAAGCCGGUUUGGGGGUGUUUUUUUUUGUUUGUUUGUUUUUAACAUUGUGAAGCUUCUUUUUUUUUUUUUAAACCCAAACGGAGAAAUAGCUCGAAACGACGACGACAGAAAAAAGCGGAUACAUCGGUUAUAAAUCAAACGGCUGUGAUCUGUAUCUUGGAGUAUUUUUAGGCGUGUGGAGGAAAAGAAUGGACUUACGGGGAGUAGAGGAGAGAGAGAGAAAGAAAUGCAAAGUUUCCAGGAUAUAUGAACGCACCGACGGGACACGAUUUUAGCCAUGAUCUCCGUGUGGCUCGAUUUCAUCUGUGUUUGUGUGCAGAGUUGACGCUACAAAAGCCAGUACCGGUUCUCAAAAAGACUUUCGUGAAAGGGCUGAAAAGGACCGCUCUUCAGAAUCACUGAGCCGAGAAGAUUUACGAGCGGAGCGACGACAGUCAUGGCAAACCCGGGGACUUUAGGAAUGGACCAAAACGUCAGCGGAACCACAGCAUUUUUUACUUCAACCUCCAAUCAGAGCAUGAAAUCAGCCCCGUAUUCUCCUGAAGCGACGGCGGCCUUCGCCACGGCGAUUACUCUGAUGAUUGUCUUCACCAUCGUGGGAAACAUACUAGUCAUCAUCGCCGUACUGACGAGUCGGUCUCUGAGGGGGCCGCAGAAUCUGUUUCUGGUCUCGCUGGCUGCGGCGGACAUCCUGGUGGCUACGUUGAUCAUCCCGUUCUCGCUGGCUAACGAGCUGAUGGGCUUCUGGUACUUCCGCUCAGUGUGGUGCGAGAUCUACCUGGCACUAGAUGUGCUCUUCUGCACGUCCUCCAUCGUCCACCUGUGCGCCAUCAGCUUGGACCGCUACAUGUCCAUAUCCCGAGCCGUGACAUACGGAUCCCAGAGGACGCCACGCCGAAUCAAAUGCGCCAUCCUGGUCGUUUGGCUCAUCUCAGCUGUCAUCUCUUUCCCACCGCUGCUGUCCAUGAACAAGAACCAGGGGAACGCCAGCUCCUCUGAUGGACCUCAGUGCCAGCUCAACGACGAGCGCUGGUAUAUUCUCUACUCCACCAUCGGCUCCUUCUUCGCCCCCUGCCUCAUCAUGAUUCUCGUCUACAUGCGCAUUUAUCAGAUCGCCAAGCAGCGCACAAGAUGCCCACCAGGAGAGCCGAGGAAAGAGAUCCCCGCCAGCGCCACAACUCCGAACGAUAGAGCUCUCCAAAAUGGAAGAGGAGAUGGCACGAAUACGCCGUCUACACCACAGAGGAAUCCGACCACUCCGAGGCCUCCCACUCUCACCGUACCUCAAGCCGAGGGAAAACAACAUCCGGCAAGCACCGACAACCUGCAUCCACCCCUUUCUCCCUCCAAAGAGAUGACUCCCAGCACUCCUACCCCUCCUCAAGUCCAAUCUCCUUCCCUUUCACCGUCCAUCUCCUCCAUGCAAAAGAAAGACUCAGCCCCUAACAAACCCAAACAAGCCAAGAAGGAGAAAAGGAGCGGAAAGAAACCCGACAACAACAACGGAGAGAGCUCGUGCUCCGAUUCAGACACGGAGCACGGAGGGGUGGGUGUCGAGAUUCCCGUGACUCCAGGUGCUGAACUUGACGCUAGUGUUCACUCUCCAGCCACCAUCCAGAAGUACAGAGACAUGGUCACUACAGCCAAGGGUACAAAGUUGGCUUCGGUGAAGCACAAGCAGGACGGGACGCCAAACUCGGCUCGCCGCAAGGCCAUGGUGAACCGGGAGAAACGCUUCACCUUCGUACUGGCGGUGGUAAUCGGCGUGUUCGUCGUCUGCUGGUUCCCUUUCUUCUUUUCCUACAGCCUGCAAGCCGUGUGUCCCGAAACGUGCACGCUUCCCAAGCCGGUCUUUACGUUCUUCUUCUGGAUCGGCUACUGCAACAGCUGCCUCAACCCCGUCAUCUACACCAUUUUCAACAAGGACUUCCGCAGAGCCUUCAAGAAGAUUCUUUGCAAAAACACCAAGGGUACGUUCUUUUAAUGCGCAUCUGGUGGAGAAAAAAAAACAACCCCAAACUAUUUAAAAUAGAGAAAAAGCACAACUUCUUUGUAAGAGUGUAAAUAAGAGGCUCUUUGUAUAGCUGCGCGAUGACGAAGCACAUUAUAUUGUUUUUGAUAAAUGUUGGUCGACAGAGUCAGACUGUGAAUUCAUGCGGACUCUUGCGGGUUUACAGUAUUCCACUGCUCCUGCCACAAAUGCACAAUGGACAGCAGAGGGUGAACAUGAUUUCAUCAAGACGAGAACAAAAAAAAAAAACAACGGGAGCACGACGCAAUAGUGUCGCUCUUCUUCGCCUUUCCAAGAACACCUGCCCUCAGGGAUAGUAAGUGCACGAGUUUCAAUCCAAACAGUCUUAUUUGAUCCGCACAUCACUCGCUCUUACACCCUAGACAACACAGUUAGAAGAUUCUCCUCCUUAAAACCUGACAAGCUUUAAUCCUGCAGGGGGGAGGAGAAAAAAAAAAAGAAAAGGAAAGGGAGAAGAGAAGAGAAGAGAAGCGCUCACGUAGAACACCUUCAGAUUCGGCCUAAAAGCAGAUAAGUUCCAGGUGACACCGGGCGGAUUUGUGAUUUCCCGAUCAUUUUAGUAACGCAGGCACGCUCGCUUGAAUCCACAGAGGGAAGCUUGGUUAUCGUACAGGAGCUUGGCCUGCUUUGGUAAUGCAGUGAACAUGGAUGCGACUGCUUUGAGGUAGAUAAGGAUUAGUAUGUGUGCCAUGGACUCUGAUUAGAACUGGACCAUUUUUUUCACUUUUCUCUACAAGAACUCUGCCCUAAACGGCACUACCGCACCCUGACCGUUCAGCAGGGUGAUACUUUGGGACUAAGGGCUGAUGGCAAUGACACUUCCUGUUUUAUUUGUUAUUUUAUUUUGGGUUUUUUUUUCCCUGUCUUAUUUGAUGAUCAAAGUGUCAUGUGUGCGUGUGCGCGUGUGGGUAUGCGCGAGUGCGUGCGAGUGAGUGAGCGAGCGCAUGUUGUGUGCGACUGCCCCAUGUGCGAAUGCGAACGCGACUGCGAGUGCGUGCUGUGGGUGAAUGCGUGUGCGCGUGUGGCGUGCAGGGAGGUUUGUGUUCGUGCCGUAUGAAGAAACGUUCAUCCCUCAUCUUCAUCAUUGGCACUUAAUAGAAAAUUUGUGUUUUGAUUUUUUCAAAAACAAACAAAACAACAACAACAAAAAAAAACAACAACAUUCAAGCAUGCCUUCUCUGCCAGCUUGUGCCAGUGCCUCCCAUCCCAUCCAGCUGCUUCAUCGUGCCAGCGCUGUUACACCUGUGCUUAUUAUCCAAACAGCACAAAUGUGGAUUUCGGUGUAUUGCGGUUCAGUCAGGGCCCGUGAACAAUUUUGCUUUUGUAUUAUUUAUUUAUUUCCAUGUCUUUUUUUUUUUUGUCUUUUUAAAAAAAAUAUAUAUAUAUAUAUUCCUGGCUUGUUAUCAUGCAUUCUUCAUUUUCUCUGUAAGCUGGAUGGGGGAAAUACAAAAAAAAAAAAAUUGUUAUGUAAAAAAUAAUUCAUCAAGUGCUAUAUCUGGUAUUUACAUUGUUUCUCUGAAUAGUCUUAAGUGGUUAUUGCUUUCGGUUUUCCUCUGUAAGGACACUGCGUUUGGGCUGCACUCUACAAAGCUUUUGCAAAUGCAUCAUCCUCCAGAUCUUUAUCCGUGUAGUCUGUUUGAUUUCCUCCACUCUUUGGAAAUAAAGCCACUGAAAUAUGAACACCACUCCCUCAGUCGCAUUCUUAUGGCUAUACUGGGAGAACAGCAGCAUCCGCCACUACGGCAGCUAUGGGAGAUGAUCAGCAUUUCCUUUCCUUAAAAAUGUGUACAGGGAUGUGACCCUGACACGCAUUUCUCUUCGACAGGAAGCAACCUGUUACAAAACGGCUUUGGAACGGCGCUAAUAAAUACGUCGGCACGUUGUUUUUAAAAGCCGUGCAUUCGGCUGUCACGCUCAGGCCGGGUAUGUGAGAGCUUCACGUUCACACCGUGCUGCAGUUUUGUAGACACGGCGACUCCGAUUUCCAUAUUUAUGUCCGCGUUAUGGAUAUACUGGCAGAGUAAGUUAGGAGUUUGCAGUGUGUGUAUUUAAAAAUAAAUAAAUAAAUAAAUAAAUAAAUAAAUAAAUAGAAACAAGGGGGAGAGCAAUCUUAUGAUGUUUUUUUUCCGUAUGAAUUAAACAUGAGCAACACUUUACGGUGCAGCUGAACGCUUUAAUGUUAUAGGGGUGCUGCGGUGGGUCAGGAGUGCCGAAUGCUUUAACAAAACAAACAAGUAAGAGCAAAUCAGAAAAAAAACAACAAAACCAAACAGGAAAUCAGAAAAAAAUCAACAAAACCAAACAGGAAAUCAGAAAAAAGCAACAAAACCAAACAGCGAAUCAGAAAAAAGCAACAAAACCAAACAGCGAAUCAGAAAAAAGCAACAAAACCAAACAGCGAAUCAGAAAAAAGCAACAAAACCAAACAGCGAAUCAGAAAAAAGCAACAAAACCAAACAGCGAAUCAGAAAAAAGCAACAAAAACAAAACAGCAAAUCAGAAAAAAACACAGCAAAUCAGAAAAAAGCAACAAAAACAAACAGUGAAUCAGAAAAAAGCAAUAAAACCAAACAGCAAAUCAGAAAAAAGCAACAAAAACAUACAGAAAAUCAGAAAAAAAACAACAAAACCAAACAGCAAAUCAGAAAAAAACAAAACCAAACAGGAAAUCAGAAAAAAACAACAAAACCAAACAGGAAAUCAGAAAAAAAAACAACAAAACCAAACAGGAAAUCAGAAAAAAACAACAAAACCAAACAGGAAAUCAGAAAAAAAACAACAAACUCAAACAGGAAAUCAGAAAAAAAAACAACAAAACCAAACAGGAAAUCAGAAAAAAGCAAUAAAACCAAACAGCGAAUCAGAAAAAAGCAACAAAACCAAACAGCGAAUCAGAAAAAAGCAGUAAAACCAAACAGCGAAUCAGAAAAAGCAACAAAACCAAACAGCAAAUCAGAAAAAAACAAACAGCAAAUCAGAAAAAAGCAAUAAAACCAAACAGGAAAUCAGAAAAAAACAACAAAACCAAACAGCAAAUCAGAAAAAAAACAACAAAACCAAACAGCAAAUCAGAAAAAAGCAAUAAAACCAAACAGCGAAUCAGAAAAAAGCAACAAAACCAAACAGCAAAUCAGAAAAAAGCAACAAAACCAAACAGCGAAUCAGAAAAAAGCAAUAAAACCAAACAGCGAAUCAGAAAAAAGCAACAAAA